AUGGACAAUUCUACUCCACCUGCUCAGAACAUUCCGAAUAAGUAUCGUGUUAACCACUGGAAGGAAGCUGAGGAUGAAAAGCUAAGCCAACUUGUUCAAGAACAUGGUCCCCAAGACUGGAAUUCAAUUGCUCAACAUAUAGAAGGACGAUCUGGAAAAAGUUGCAGAUUAAGGUGGCGGAAUCAUCUUGAUCCUGGAGUUAACAGAAGCCCUUUCACAAAAGAAGAAGAGGAGAGGUUAAUUGCAGCUCAUGAGGCUUAUGGGGCAAAAUGGGCAACCAUAGCCAAACUCUUCCAGGGGAGAACCGAUAAUGCCUUGAAAAAUCAUUGGCACGUUCUGAUCGCACGAAAGCGAAAGGAAGCCAACAAUAUUGAAACCUUGCAACACCUGAUUAACGCUUCAAACUCUUCUUCUACCACCACUGCUUCUCACUAUGGACCAUUCUUUGGUAUGAGGAACUUCAACGCUGCACAAAGGGCCCUUGCACCAGUCUGUCCCAAUGGUUCGUUCAACCCUAUGAACUUUGGACUGUUACCAUCCUUCUCAGACUCUUUUCCUGGGAAUGAAAGGAGUUAUCCUCUUGGGCUGUUCAAUAGUGCUGCUGGUGAUGCAAUGAUGAAAACCACCUUUUUUCAUAGCUCAUCAUCAGCAUUCACUAAGUUUAAGGGUUCUUCUUCCUCGAAUAAUAAAGAGGAAGCGCAUGAUGAUGGAUCCGAAGAUGUUCCCUUCUAUGAUUUUCUUGGUGUCGGUGAUGCCAAUGAGUGA